CCCAUGUCGUGAAACGGCUCUCGCGUCUUCAAUAUCUGAAGUAUUUUAGAGAGAGAGAGAGAGAGAGGAUCAAAAGAUUCAAUUAUUCCCUUUCUGGAAUUCGCAAAUCCCAUGGAAGCUGAUGUGAUUAUCCCACUCCCCAGCCCGUCCGUCCGCCUCCUCCUCGCGGCAAAUUAGGGUUUUUUUGCAGCUCCGGGUGUCGUCCCCUUCGUCGGGGUCUCGAUUGAUGAUCGACCAUGGCGGGGAUUCCGAAUCGCCCUAGUGUGCUGGGCGCGCUCUUGUGGCUCGCUCUGUUGGGAUUUGCCUGCACGACGUCGGCGAACGUGGUUCUGAUCGGCAACAACGUCACUCUGUCCUUCGCCGCCGUUGAAGCUAAUUUCGCUCCGCCUGUUAAAGGUUCUGGGGUUUGCGGCAUUCUGUAUCUUGCGGAUCCAAUCGAUGCGUGCUCUCGAUUGGUGAAUGAGGUCACCCAUUUGCCAAAUGCUAGCUCCGCCUUUGCCCUAAUUUUUAGGGGAGGAUGUCAUUUCGAAGAUAAAGUUAGGAGAGCUCAAAAGGCUGGAUUCAAAGCGGUUAUUGUCUAUGACAACGAAGCUGAUGGCGGCUUGGUGCCAAUGGCUGGAAACUCAGCUGGGAUUAAAAUCCAUGCUGUGUUUGUUUCUAAAGUUUCGGGGGAAUUACUUCAAAACUAUGCUGGUUCAACUAAUGUGGAGCUAUGGAUAAUUCCAAGCUUUGAAGAUUCAGCUUGGUCAAUCAUGGCUAUUUCUUUUAUUUCCCUGCUUGCCAUGUCAGCUGUUCUUGCCACAUGCUUCUUCGUCCGUAGGCAUCACAUAAGACGAGAAAGGCCUCGAGCUCCUCGUGUUAGGGAGUUCCACGGAAUGAGCAGUUGCUUAGUGAAAGCAAUGCCAAGUCUCAUAUUCACUGCUGCUGUAGAGGAUAACUGCACAUCGAGGACAUGUGCCAUAUGCCUUGAAGACUACAAUGUCGGAGAGAAGCUCAGGAUUUUGCCAUGUCGUCACAAGUUUCAUGCAUUAUGUGUUGACUCGUGGCUUACAUCAUGGAGAACUUUCUGCCCAGUUUGCAAGCGCGAUGCAAGAACUAGCACAGGCGAACCCCCAGCAUCUGAGAGUACUCCAUUGCUUUCAUCAAGCCCUGCGUCUGUGGCUUCCUCCUCUGCUGUGCCUUCUGCUAGAUCAUCAGUGGCAUCAUCGUCGUCCAUCCAAAUAGCCAGAGCGCCACGUCCUCCAUCCGCUUCUCGUACUCCAUCUCUCUCGAGCACUUAUUUGCAGCAGUCUCUUAGGUCCUAUAGACAAUCUCCUCCUCUGAGCAUUAGCUGUAGCUCAGUUGACCUCAGGAAUGCAUCGUCUCACCGUUCUCAAAGAUCCUACUUGGUUUCUCCCCACUCAAUGGGUUAUCCCUCUAUAUCAUCUGUCAAUUCAAGAUACAUGUCACAUUACAUUCCAAGCUCGAGCAACGCCUCUGCAAGUUUUGUCAGUUCUAGUCACCAGCAUCACCCGUUACACCACAGUGAAUCAGCUGCAAGUUUCUCACCUUUUGCAUCUGCUCAGUCCCUUCCAGGGUGUUGAUUGAUAUGUGGUUCACAACAGAUUGCCUUUACGCUUACUAUCCAAUCCAGUCUCCAAGUCUCGAGCAAUAACCCGAGGAUAUUGCUGAAUUACACUGUAUUCAGUUCAUACAUCAGUACGUCUUGAUUAGGUUUGAACCAGAAUACAAGCUUCCUUCCCAUUGUAAAUUGUGCCAUAAGUUUGAGUUUUUGUUAUCUGUUAAAUGACCGACAUGGUCCGUGUGCAUUGAGGCUCAUUGAAUUUUGAUACGAAGAGCGUGUGUGCGUGCGUGUGUAUGAUGGCUGUGCAGAUUUAUUUUUCAAGUCUGUUUCUGUAUAGAAUGACCGCUAACUUCACAGAUCCUUAUAACUAACUCGAGUCUUUUACUCGAGAGAUGCACUUAAUGUUUGAUCAGCACUGAGGUUUUCCCCC